CCUGGGCGGAAGCAACUUGCCCGGCAAGUGCUUUGGUACUUCUGAUCCGAGUGAGAAUGUACGGAAGGGGGCGGCUGUGAGGGCUGGAUCAUCCAGCCUGGAUGUCAAGACCAGAAUUGCGUGGUGAAUUUCACCGUGAAACAGCCACCACUUUACAACUUGCUGCCAAGCUCCAUUCUCCAAGUCAACCUUUGUUGAACAUGAGCACGUUUCCAGUUCAGCGCAACCUCAUCACAUUUGCGGAAGAAGAGAAAGAGUCAUGCACCCUCGUUAAUGUCAAGGGUGACGCGACUUACUGCAUCAAGGGGCCCGUGUGUGGUGCCAAGGUGGCUGGAUCGGCAAAGCAAGUGUCGGGAGCUUGUCCAGCGGAGGGAGACGCCGCCGUCGAGCACUGCGUCGAGACAUCUCGAAGCUACUCCACUGGAUGCGUUGCACCGGUGGAUGCCCAGUGCGUGAUCACUCCUCUCGACCAUUGGGAGUGCGUCUUUCCGAACAUCACCAGUACCACUGCUCCUACGCAACCCCCGAUAAUCUCCAGCAACAAAUUGGCUCUAUCGGCAUCGACUGAGUCAACAAGUACAACCUCCGAGUCUGAGAGUUUGGUGCAGGGUCCAAACACCGCCCUAAACAUCGUUGUCGGUGUGUCCUGCUGCAUCCUUGCUCUCGUGGGGCUCGUGUACGUCAAGAAGAGGCGUGACGCCAAGAAACGGGAGCUUAAGACACCAACCGACUACAGGCUUUCACCCAGCGACAUAUCCAUCGUGCUGGUGUAAUUUGGUGAUAGUAUUCAUUUUUUAAAAAUCAGUCAACCUAAACGUUGAUAGCAUUAUGAUUUACGC